AUGCUGAAGUUGUACGAGGAGCAGGCCACUAGUCGUCGAAAGUAUUUACAAAUGGUUCGGGAGCAGACUUCUUCUUUAAAUUAUAUGGCUCUCUACAACAACCUAGCUCCAGAAGCAUAUUGUCCUAUGCUGGUUCGUGUCGGAACGACUAGCGAUGGUGGGAAGAGGAUUUGCAAUCCUUUCAGAAUUCCCUAUGGCAGUAUUGUGUUAUCGUAUGGGAUUAACACAGAUGUUACAUUUGAAGAAGAACUCCAAAGAAUAACCAUGAGUUGCUGCACCAUUUUCGGCUAUGAUUCAGAACAGAAUUCGAAAACGAAAUAUCUUUAUUCGCGUAUACCAAACACGCAUUUAAGAAAAGCACGCAUUGCUAAUUUCGAUUACGAAGCAAACGAUACCUAUACAAUGAAAACGCUCAUGAAGAUAGAUAACGUUACAGCAGUGGAAAUUUUGAAAAUAGAUCUUGAAAACACCGAACACAAAGUGCUUCCACAGUUUCUCGACAGCUAUCGUCCACGACAGAUCAUGGUGGAGAUUCAUGGCCGCAAUACAUCACAGGUGGCAAUACUCUUACAGAAGAUUUCGCUGCAUGGUUACUGGUUAUUCUCUCAUGAAAUUAACGGAGGAUAUCAUAAGCUGUGCGAAUAUUCAUUCAUUCACGAAUCUGCAUUUGACAGAUAUAAGGCCAUUCCUAUGGCUAAAUAUCUAGACUAA